UACAAUGUGACUAACCUCAUAGAAGACUUAAAAUCUCUGUACAAAGUUGCUGGAGCUGAUGGGAAAGGUAUCACUUUCAUCUUUACUGACAAUGAGAUCAAAGAUGAGGCAUUUCUGGAAUACCUCAACAACUUGCUAUCUUCAGGGGAGAUCUCCAAUUUGUUUGCACGAGAUGAGAUGGAUGAAAUCACCCAAGGCCUGAUAUCGGUGAUGAAGCGGGAGCUGCCGCGCCACCCCCCCACCUUUGACAACCUGUACGAGUACUUCAUCUCCAGGUCCAGGAGGAACUUGCAUGUUGUUCUCUGCUUUUCUCCAGUUGGUGAGAAGUUCCGAGCCCGUUCUUUGAAAUUCCCCGGCCUGAUAUCAGGUUGCACCAUGGACUGGUUCAGUCGCUGGCCCAAGGAGGCUCUGGUAGCUGUGGCCUCCUAUUUCCUUUCAGACUAUAAUAUCGUCUGCUCUAGUGAAAUUAAAAGACACGUUGUGGAAACAAUGGGCCUCUUUCAUGACAUGGUUUCCGAGAGCUGUGAAAAUUAUUUCCAAAGAUACCGUCGAAGAGCGCAUGUGACUCCCAAGUCCUACCUCUCAUUUAUAAAUGGUUACAAAAACAUUUAUAGCGAAAAGGUGAAAUAUAUCAAUGAACAAGCUGAACGUAUGAAUAUUGGUCUCGAUAAGCUGAUGGAGGCAAGUGAGUCCGUUGCUAAGCUCUCUCAAGAUCUUGCAGUAAAGGAGAAGGAACUGGCCGUGGCUUCUGUAAAAGCAGAUGAAGUCUUAGCAGAAGUCACAGUGAGUGCCCAGGCUUCGGCCAAAGUGAAAAAUGAAGUGCAGGAGGUAAAAGACAAAGCCCAAAAAAUUGUGGAUGAAAUUGACAGUGAAAAAGUAAAGGCUGAGACCAAACUUGAGGCCGCAAAGCCUGCGCUGGAAGAAGCAGAAGCCGCCCUGAAUACUAUCAAACCAAAUGAUAUCGCCACGGUCAGGAAGCUUGCAAAACCGCCACAUCUUAUUAUGAGAAUCAUGGACUGCGUACUGCUCUUGUUUCAAAAGAAAAUUGACCCUGUUGCUAUGGAUCCAGAGAAGCCUUGCUGCAAGCCAUCAUGGGGCGAGUCACUAAAGUUGAUGAGUGCAACUGGAUUCCUUUGGAGCCUCCAGCAGUUCCCCAAGGACACUAUAAAUGAAGAGACUGUUGAGUUACUCCAGCCAUAUUUUAAUAUGGAUGAUUACACUUUUGAAAGUGCCAAAAAAGUCUGUGGGAAUGUGGCUGGUCUAUUGUCUUGGACACUUGCUAUGGCAAUAUUUUAUGGCAUCAACAGGGAGGUGUUGCCUCUGAAGGCAAACCUGGCCAAGCAGGAAGGCCGCCUGGCGGUCGCUAAUGCUGAAUUAGGCAAGGCGCAGGCCCUGCUGGACGAGAAGCAAGCCGAGCUGGAUAAAGUACAAGCCAAGUUUGACGCAGCAAUGAAUGAGAAAAUGGAUCUGCUCAAUGAUGCCGACAUGUGUCGUAAGAAGAUGCAGGCUGCCUCUACCCUCAUCGAUGGACUGAGCGGGGAGAAAGUCCGAUGGACCCAGCAGAGUAAAGAGUUCAAAGCUCAGAUUAACAGGCUGGUAGGUGACAUUCUGCUGUGCACAGGCUUCCUCUCCUACCUCGGCCCUUUCAACCAGAUAUUUCGGAACUAUUUGCUAAAAGAGCAAUGGGAGUUAGAGUUGAGAGCGCGGAAAAUUCCUUUCACUGAAAACCUGAAUCUCAUCGCGAUGCUGGUGGAUCCUCCAACUAUUGGUGAGUGGGGGCUGCAGGGACUACCAGGAGAUGACCUCUCAAUUCAGAAUGGCAUUAUUGUGACAAAGGCCACCAGAUACCCACUCCUCAUAGAUCCACAAACUCAAGGCAAAACUUGGAUUAAAUCAAAGGAAAAAGAAAAUGAUUUGCAGGUGACAACUCUGAACCAUAAAUAUUUCCGUACACACCUGGAGGACAGCCUGUCCUUGGGCCGACCCCUUCUCAUUGAGGACAUUCGGGAAGAGUUGGAUCCAGCCUUGGAUAAUGUAUUGGAGAAGAAUUUCAUCAAAUCAGGCACCACUUUCAAGGUGAAAGUCGGUGAUAAGGAAUGUGAUAUCAUGGAUACAUUUAAGCUUUACAUUACUACAAAGUUACCAAACCCUGCCUUUACCCCUGAGGUCAACGCUAAAACAUCGGUCAUUGAUUUCACUGUUACAAUGAAAGGACUUGAGAAUCAGUUACUCAGGAGAGUAAUUCUAACAGAGAAACAGGAAUUAGAGUCUGAGAGGGUUAAACUUUUGGAGGAUGUUACUUUUAAUAAGCGGAAGAUGAAGGAACUUGAAGAUAACCUCCUGUAUAAAUUAAGUGCUACAAAAGGUUCCCUGGUAGAUGAUGAGUCUCUCAUUGGUGUCCUGCGAAUCACCAAGCAGACAGCAGCUGAAGUUAGUGAAAAGCUACAUGUGGCUGCAGAAACGGAGAUCAAGAUUAACAUGGCGCAGGAGGAGUUCCGGCCAGCAGCCACCCGUGGAAGCAUCCUCUACUUCCUCAUCACAGAGAUGAGCAUGGUCAACAUCAUGUACCAGACGUCACUGGCCCAGUUCUUGAAGUUAUUUGACCAGUCCAUGGCCAGAUCUGAGAAGUCUCCAUUACCUCAGAAGAGAAUUAUAAAUAUUAUCGAGUACCUGACAUAUGAAGUUUUUAUAUAUUCAGUCAGAGGUCUGUAUGAGAACCACAAAUUCCUCUUUGUACUCCUCAUGACCUUGAAGAUUGAUCUCCAGAGAGGGACAGUUAAGCACAAAGAGUUUCACACUCUCAUUAAAGGGGGUGCCGCUCUGGAUCUGAAAGCCUGCCCUCCCAAGCCCUUUCGCUGGAUCCUCGACAUGACAUGGCUGAACCUCGUCGAGCUGAGUAAACUUCCUCAGUUUGCAGAAAUUAUGAACCAGAUAUCCCGGAAUGAGAAGGGGUGGAAGAGCUGGUUUGAUAAAGAUGCCCCAGAGGAGGAAAUUAUUCCUGACGGGUAUAACGACUCUCUGGAUACCUGUCACAAGCUUUUGCUUAUCAGGUCUUGGUGCCCAGAUCGUACUGUUUUCCAAGCAAGAAAGUAUAUUGCAGAUUCAUUGGAGGAAAAGUACACAGAGCCAGUUAUCUUAAAUCUGGAAAAAACUUGGGAAGAAAGCGAUACCCGAACACCUCUCAUUUGUUUUCUGUCCAUGGGAUCUGACCCCACCAUUCAAAUUGAUGCGUUGGCCAAGAAACUGAAGCUGGAGUGUAGGACCAUCUCCAUGGGGCAAGGACAAGAAGUGCAUGCUCGGAAGCUGAUUCAGAUGUCCAUGCAGCAGGGUGGCUGGGUAUUACUGCAAAAUUGUCACCUUGGCCUGGAGUUCAUGGAGGAAUUACUAGAGACUUUGCUGACCACCGAAGCCAGUGAUGAGUCUUUCCGAGUAUGGAUAACCACGGAGCCUCACGACCGAUUCCCAAUUACAUUGCUACAGACUUCUCUCAAAUUCACUAAUGAGCCGCCCCAAGGUGUCCGUGCAGGUCUGAAAAGAACAUUUGCUGGAAUUAACCAAGACCUUCUGGACAUCAGUAACUUGCCCAUGUGGAAGCCCAUGCUUUACACAGUAGCAUUCUUACACUCCACCGUGCAGGAGAGGCGAAAAUUUGGUCCCUUGGGAUGGAAUAUUCCCUAUGAAUUCAAUUCUGCUGACUUUUCAGCCAGUGUUCAGUUUAUUCAGAAUCACCUUGAUGAGUGUGAUAUUAAAAAGGGUGUGUCGUGGAGUACGGUUCGGUACAUGAUUGGAGAAGUACAAUACGGAGGCCGAGUGACAGAUGACUUUGAUAAACGUCUGCUCAAUUGCUUUGCUAGAGUCUGGUUCAGUGAGAAGAUGUUCGAACCUACGUUCUGUUUUUAUACUGGAUAUAAAAUCCCCGUCUGCAAAACCUUGGACCAGUAUUUUGAGUACAUCCAAUCUCUGCCAUCCCUAGAUAACCCUGAAGUCUUCGGCCUUCACCCUAACGCUGAUAUCACCUAUCAAAGUAACACUGCUUCCGCUGUCCUCGAAACAAUCACCAACAUUCAGCCCAAGGAGAGUGGAGGUGGAGUGGGAGAGACCCGAGAAGCCAUUGUUUACAGAUUAUCUGAAGACAUGCUGAGCAAGCUGCCCCCUGAUUAUAUUCCUCACGAGGUGAGAGCUCGUUUGGUAAAGAUGGGGCAUCUUAAUUCAAUGAACAUAUUUCUAAGACAAGAAAUCGACAGGAUGCAAAAGGUCAUCUCAAUACUUCGCAGUAGCCUGAGUGAUCUAAAAUUGGCCAUUGAAGGAACGAUCAUCAUGAGUGAGAACUUGAGAGAUGCCCUGGACAAUAUGUAUGAUGCUCGUAUACCUCAGCUUUGGAGAAGGGUGUCCUGGGAUUCAUCCACACUGGGCUUCUGGUUCACGGAACUUUUGGAAAGAAAUGCUCAGUUUUCUGCUUGGAUAUUUGAAGGGAGGCCUAAUGUGUUCUGGAUGACUGGAUUCUUUAAUCCCCAAGGCUUCCUCACGGCAAUGAGACAAGAAGUAACCCGUGCCCACAAAGGCUGGGCAUUGGACACAGUGACCAUUCACAAUGAUGUUCUGCGGCAAACCAAGGAGGAAAUCGUGUCACCUCCUGUGGAAGGUGUAUAUAUUUAUGGACUUUAUAUGGACGGAGCAGGCUGGGACAGGCGCAAUGGGAGGCUCACAGAAUCCACCCCCAAGGUGCUCUUCACGCAGCUGCCUGUACUUCACAUCUUUGCCAUUAACUCCACGGCACCCAAGGACCCCAAGCUGUACGUAUGUCCUAUUUACAAGAAACCCAGGCGAACUGAUCUGACAUUCAUCACUGUGGUAUAUUUGCGAACAGUGUUGUCCCCAGAUCACUGGAUCCUGAGAGGAGUGGCCCUCUUGUGUGAUGUCAAGUGAGUUCAUUUCCACCUGCAGGGGCACAGGAUGCCACAUUGAUGGCCAUGCUACUAAGAGACUCAGCCAUGUGUGUCUUUCCUCCCUGAUAACUGCAUCGUUAUUCUUGCUCAAUUAAAAGGCUGACAUCCUUCUUGUUGCUUUUGAGUUGUUUCUUCCUCUCCUAUCAGUAUUCAAAAAGAUGAUUCUGAAUUCAUGCUUUUUAUUCCAGGAAAUCAAAUUCUGUUCUAAUUACUUUUUUAAAAUAUAAAAAUCCUGUCUUCAUGUUAGAAUCACUGUGGAAGGUUUACAUUUUGAAAAUCUAAAACCAAGUGUCAAUAGGAUGCAUCCUGAAAGGAGCAUCAGAGAUGAAAACUU